AUGUACAAGCUGGUUGUAUUCACCGCUCUCCUCGCUGUAGUCGCGGCCGCACCUGGGCUCUAUGGCGGUAUUGCCGCUGCACCCCUGGCGGCCCCCUGGGGCCACGGCGUCGUUGGAGCUCCUCUGAUUAGCACUGGAGUCGUCAAGACCGCCGUCCCCGUUGCCACAUCUUACGCCAACACCGUGAGAAUCGCGACUCCCGCUGUGGUCGCUGCGCAUGCACCUAUCGUAGCUGCCCAUGCACCGAUAGUAGCCGCCCCUGCUCCCAUUCUCGCCGGGCCCGCCCUCGCCCACGGGUGG